AAUUAUAUAGAACCAAACAUAAAAGAUCAAAUUCAGUGACUCCAUAACGUAGAGUCCAAGCAAUGGCAUCUUCGUCUCAGCGCCUCAAAACCGUUGAGUUUCUCAUCAAAUCAUCACAACAUCUCAAAGUUUCCCCCAUUGUUAAAUACUCAGCAUUCUCCUUCUUCGCCGAUCGCUUCAUUUUCUCAUUACCAGCUUUUAUAGAACGCGCGAAUUCGUUGAACUGGCUGUUGAAACCUGUCACCGAAAGCACCUUGCAGCUGUUUGUGCUUAUUUCUCUAUGGAUUUCAAGCAAAAUACAUGAUUCUCGACCGCUCUCUGUUGCAAGUUUGAAGUCUUUGGCGGAUGAAUCAAUCAAGGAACAACACUUCACAAACCGUAAUUUCAUGGAAGCAGAGGUGCUCUUCAUGCAGGUGUUGAGCUUUGAGAUUGGCACAUCAAAUAUAGCCUUUUCGUUCCUUCAAGAGCUUUGGAUUCAAAUCAAGGGAGUAGCAAAAGUUGGUGAGUUGAUUAGCUUUGAAGCUUGCAUGGAAAUUAUGGAUCUUCUUUAUGAAAAGGAAGAGACAUCAUUUCUUUAUAGGUCUCCUCACUCCCUUGCUGCGUCAAUCUUGGUUGUAUCAUACUUAAUGACAGUCCCUAAACAGAAAUGGGAGUUCCCAGUUGUUGCAUGGGUAAAUUUCGCAACCUCUUGUAAGGAAGAAGAUAUCAUAAAAAUGGUGAAGGAGAUUCUCAAACAUGUGCUUGAAACUUCUUGAGAUAUCAGGUGUAACAAGGAAUUUGGGACCAAGAUGUUGUGAUUGUACUGCUCAGUUGACCAAUAUCAUUUAUUAUUCUAGUAGUGGCAAUAUUAGAUUGAAGAACAAGAGUCAAUUGGUUAGAUUGGUUGCAAACUGAAAUGUUCUUGCUUAUUGAUGGCAAGCUGAUGGUGUAUCUGAACGUUACUGGUGAUAAACUUUUGAUCCAAUGUUUUCUUACAAAAUAUCAAACAAGAAUCCUGGUUUUAAAUCCGGAUUGGAAACUAGUUUGACAAAACCAAACCUGUUAUCAGGUUGAGUUUAGAAAUGCAAUCCUUAUUAUUGGUUUCAA